UAUCAGAGUUACUCUUUCACUAGAAACCUGUCUUACCUGUUCUUCUGCCUUAUUUUCUCUCUCCUCCUUCUCUCUCUCUUGACUGUCUGACCCACUCCUACUUUUUGCUGUUGAUUUAGCAUGACUAGCCGCAGGAAAAGUUGCUCAAUGUUAAUGUUUGACAAGUAGGAAGAAGGUCCUUCGUUGCCAUAUCGAGCAGCGUUACACACACAGCCACACUCUUUCAGUUCUCCUUCUACUCAAAGAGUUUGUUUGCUGCUUCGUAGAGGGAUUACAUAUUCAAAUCAAAGGGAGAUCGAAUGAAGGACAACUAUGGAGGUGCUGGUGCUAAUCGACUUUGAGAGCAACUCCGACGACGAGCUCACAGUGAAGGAGGGGGAUGUGGUCAAAAAUGUCACCAAGGCCAGUGAGGAAGGAUGGCUGCAUGGGGAGCUGAGAGGGAAGAAAGGCAUCUUUCCUGCCAACUUUGUCCAGGAGGUCCCAGUCUAUUUGAGAGGAGAGAGCAAGAUGGAACCACGAAGCAUUAGAACAACAAAGAAGAAACCGACAAGAAAAUGUGAGGUACUGUUUCCCUACAGUCCCGUGAAUGAAGACGAAAUGGAGCUGGUUGCUGGUGAGACUAUAGAGAUCGUCAGGGAGAUUGAAGAUGGAUGGUGGAUGGGGGUGAAAAAUGGCAAACUAGGAGCAUUUCCAUCAAACUUUGUCAAAGAAAUUUUCAUUUCUCCCAAAGAUGUAAAAUACAAUGAGGGCAAGGCAAGACCAAAACUCACUGACGCUGUGUUCAAUAAGGAGAUAACUCAGAGGGCAAGUGUUAGGAACAAAGCAAAAAAAUCUAUAGAGUGUUGCAAAGUCAUGUUUGACUACAAGGCCAAAACAGAGGAUGAGCUGGAGCUGAAAAAAGGAGAUGUUGUUAAGAUACUGAACAAGGAAACAGCAGAUGAAGGCUGGUGGGAGGGAGAGCUAAACGGCCGGUGCGGCUUCUUUCCUGAUAACUUUGUCAUGGUGAUUUCACCGAUAAACAGCUUGCAAACGGGGACCAUAAGCCAACCACCUGCACGUAACAACUCCAAGAAACUCUCAGUAAAGACAGAGGAAUCAGCAAUGGAAAAAGUCGGUCCAACAACAACAAAGACGAAUGAUAAACCAGAGCCUAAAGACCUAAGAAGCAAUCCUCCAACCAAAGUUAAACUUCCACCCAUCAUCAAACCCAUCCCACCUCCAGUCAAAGACAAGCCGAACAAGGUUUUACCAAAAACCAAUGGUGAUGCGGCUACUGUUCCACCGAAACAACCAGAGGAGAAGGAGACUGACGAGUUUGAUGGAUUGGAACUGCCGACUGAAAAGCUGAGCCAUCCCACAGCAAACAGAGCCAAACCUCCACAGAGGAGACCACCGUCAGGACUCCCCAUAGCAGCACAAAGCGCCACGGACCAGACAGAUGCAGAACCAAAAAAGUUUGAAACGGAGAUACUGGCUGGCUUGCAAAAGACAACAGAAAAUCUUCUGCCCACCCCUCCAAAGCCCGAUCUUCGACCCAAGACACCACCUCCAGUUCGACCAGCACCACCCAAAGUUCUCGUAGAUAACAAAACUGUGACCUUUAAAGACGAGCCAACUGUGGAAAGUCUGCAGGCUGAGAUCAAAGAGCUCAGGAUGACUUUGGAGCUGCUUGAGAAACGACAGGAGCGAGACAUGCAGGAAGUGAAAGAAGAACUGAGGGAUGAAAGAAACAAAAGACUAGCAUUGCAGGAGGAAGUGCAGAGUUUGAGAAUGAAGCAAUAAUCCCAACACAGACUGGGACUAAGCUGCUUGUCUGACACUGUGCCAUGCGAGCUCUUGGACUGCAAAUUUCAGAAAAUGAAAAUUUUUUUCUGACAUUGAGAAAGUAAAA